UUAACCCUUUAAUCCAUCUCCGGGCCGUUCAGUGCUAGGGGUGCAGGUGGAAAAGCUUAAAAACCGUUUUCUUUUGCUAAUUGUUAUAUACUUCUGGAAAAGGACAGCGCGCUAUAAAAUUCUUUCCGACGCCUCAUUUUGUGAAGCUUUUUUUCGGUAUUAAUUCGACGUCUGGACUGCACUUUACCUUGUGUGCUUAGCACAGACAGACGAUGGACGCGAAUAAAAAUCAAUAGCUAUACAAAGUAAACGAUAAGGAACGGAGCAGACACAAAGGCGAAUGAAAAAAAGGAAGGGGCAGGAUUAAUCUGCUGAACUUGUGAGCCAAUGAGCUGAGGGAACGUCACUCGGGCGAAGUGUCCGGUGUUGCCGGAAGCAUGGCUGCCUAGUGAGGAGAGAAAGGGAUAGCCGGGCAUGGAAGGGCUUGAGGGCUGCAGUGGGGAUGUGAUACACCUCAAUGUGGGGGGAAAGAGGUUCAGUACCUCCAGACGGACCCUGACGUGGGCAUCUGAAUCUUUCUUUUCAAGCCUCCUGAGUGGUCGCAUCCCUACUUUGAAAGAUGAAACUGGGGCUAUUUUCAUAGAUCGAGACCCUACAGUCUUUGGUCCAAUAUUAAACUUUCUCCGCACCAAAGAACUUGAUAACAGAGGUGUGAAAAGUUCUGUCCUGCUGCAUGAAGCAGAAUUUUAUGGCAUUACUCCACUAGUCAGGCGUUUGCAGCUGUGUGAGGAGUUGGAACGCUCCUCUUGUGGCAGUGUCUUGUUCAAUGGAUACUUGCAUGCACCAAUUUUUCCUGCUAAAAGGAGGAAUCGGCACAGUGUUUCUGGUCUGCAGGUCAACUCCAGAAGUGGAUUUAAUGAGCGGGCUCCUGUACGAAGGAGUAACACAAUGCCUCCCAACCUAGGUGGAGCUGGUCUCCUGGGGCGUUUGAUAGAAGACCGAUGCUUUGGAAAUGGAGCAGUGUUUCCCUCUGAUCCUGGCAUGGUGAGGAUCAUAUGUGGACAUCAUAAUUGGAUUGCUGUGGCCUAUGCUCAGUUCAUAGUCUGUUACAGGAUGAAGGAAACAUCAGGUUGGCAGCUGGUCUUCACUAGCCCUUGCCUGGACUGGGUGAUAGAAAGGGUUGCUCUGAAUGCCAAGGCAAUGGUUGGAACACUGGGAGAUAAUGAUAAGAUGCUGGCAGUCUCCUCCUGUAGCGAGAUCAUCCUUUGGGCCAUUAGUGGGGACAGCAGUGGGAGUGAGAUCGGUGUGUUUAGUCUUGGGGUACCUGUAGAGGCCUUGUUUUUUGUAGGCAACCAGCUAAUAGCCACAAGCCACACAGGGAAAAUUGGUGUAUGGAAUGCUGUGACUAAACACUGGCAGAUUCAGGACGUUGUACCAAUUAACAGCUAUGACACUGCUGGUUCCUUUCUUCUGUUGGGAUGUAAUAACGGGUCUAUUUAUUAUGUAGAUGUCCAGAAAUUCCCACUGCGCAUGAAGGACAAUGACCUUCUUGUUACAGAGCUUUACCGUGACCCAUCAGAGGAUGCAAUUACUGCUCUGAGCGUCUACCUCACUCCCAAAACAAGUGACAGUGGCAACUGGAUAGAGAUUGCAUAUGGCACAAGCUCUGGAGUGGUGCGAGUCAUUGUACAGCACCCAGAAACUGUUGGGUCUGGUCCCCAGCUCUUCCAGACAUUUACAGUCCAUCGCAGCUCUGUCACCAAAAUAAUGCUCUCUGAGAGACACCUAAUCUCGGUAUGUGCAGAUAAUAACCAUGUACGGACAUGGACUGUGACUCGAUUUCGUGGUAUGAUCUCAACCCAGCCUGGUUCAACUCCUCUGGCUUCAUUUAAAAUCCUUUCCCUGGAAGACGUUGAUGGGCAUGCUGGAUCCAGUGCAGGAAAUGACAUUGGUCCUUUUGGAGAACGUGAUGAUCAGCAAGUUUUUAUCCAGCGUGUGGUCCCUGAUUCUAAUAUUGUCUAUGUCCGCUUGUCUUCAACCGGGAAAAGAAUCUGUGAGAUCCGUUCUGUAGACUGCACCCCUAUCACAUCUUUUACCGUACAUGAAUGUGAGGGCUCAAGCCGCAUUGGCUCCCGUCCACGACGGUACCUCUUUACUGGUCAUGCCAGUGGAUGUAUCCAGAUGUGGGAUCUUACCACUGCAAUGGAAGUAGCAAGCAAAGGGGAAAGCAGAGAACUUGGUGGCCUUACAGAAAAAGAGCUGCUGGAGCAGUUGGAACAGUGUGACUUGGCUUUGACCCGCACGCCUGAAUUGAGCCCUGCUGCAUCUUUCUCCCAUUCAGCCAACCCUCGUGCCUCCAUAACCAGCCUUCAGUCCCAGCCGAGUGAGAGAUUCUCCAGGACUGCUUUUCCUUCCUCUCGACCUCCAGUUCUUAAUGGACGACCCUCAGAAGGAUGGGCUUCUUUGUGUAGUCUCCAGCCUAACCUUUCUGGUAGCUUUGGCUCUCUCCAGAAGUCUGACACUUUGCCCCGCUCUGGCUCCAGGCCUUGCAGAGCACUGCGUAACCAACCACAAAUGGAGGUUAAUGGAAUGGCUUCCACAGAUUCUACUUCAGCUCGUGCCAGUGGCAGCUUUGUGGAGCGCUGCCAAGAGCUUGCACGUUACACAGAGUCCCAAUAUCUGGGUUCACAAAGGUCAAGUUAUGAGACUGUAGCCACCAGAAUAAAAACCCCUCGGGGUUCUACUUCAGCAAGGCGACCAGGCUCUCCUACACCUCCACAACCUCCUCCACUUGGUAUUGCCACUUCUUUAGCUCCAUGUUUACCUCCUACUUGUUUCUCUGCUGUGGGGGAGGCAUCUGCCUCUUCUCCAACUGCUCCUAAGCUUACACUCAAACCUAGGUUAAAUGAGACCUCCUUUUAAAAUAGUCUUCUGUGAGUUGCAUUGCUAAACAAUUGGCAGCUAUUUUGAUAGAAAUCCUUACACCAUUAGUAUUUAUAAUUGUGUAGAUUUGGCAGUAUUUUUAGUACUGGAUUUAUAAAACCAUGCAAUUACUGCUCUAAAUAUACACAACUGUAUUUUAUUUGUAUUAAUAAAUCUCUGAUUCAUACAGAUAUAGUCAGUAUAAACGAUCAGUUGUUGCCCUUGGUAAUGUCUCUACAGUUGUGUAGUCAUUAAGAGCACAUGGUUUGAAUAGUAUUAUUCCUUCCCACGUUUAACUAGAAACUACAAGGUGCAAAGUGACAUGAAAGCUGCUAAAGAACAGAAAAAGCAAGGGGGAAAAUGCAACAGAAAGCACCCUCUUUGUGUCUUGCUCCAGUCUGAGGCUCAGCAAUUUGUACUUCUAGAAUGGAGCACAAAAACGUGUGCCUUACACUGCAUUGCUGUAUGCUGCCUACAUUCAAUGUGCUGCAUACAAAAAGGGCAACAAAUGUAUAUCAUAUCUCAUGGGUAACAUGAAUAAAGGACUACCCAGCUCCUUAUGCCCCCCUUAAUUGUCUGUCUGAUGUGCAAACUAGGUGACUGGCUUGCAUAUCACACACACAAGUCGGGGGACAUGAGGAGCAGGUUAGCCCUGUAUGUAACCUUUAUUUAUAGUGGGACUUAUAUAUAGGGCUGCCUUGAACCAGGCAUCACUUUGCUACGCACUGCUUUGCAACCAAAUACUUGGUUAAGAACUGAGGAUGCACAUUGGUUUCAUUAUCAUUUUUCUUUUGAAGGAAAUUUUGUUUUCUGUAAUCUGGAGAUAACUGUGGUCUACCCUGGUCACAAUGCUUAGGGUUUAACAGCAGUAACGUGGCCUUAUCUGCUACAUAUAUUUUUUUUCAUGUAAAUUGGGAUGACUACAUGUCUCUGAAUAAAGCUUUUACAGCUGUACUAAAGUCAAAUUCUACAUCUUUGUAAACUUUGUGUUAAAUUUUUUUAAACAAUGUGAAACAGGACUGAUAGGUUUACAUAAUCUUUCCAUGUUAGGUCUCUAGAGUUUGUUCUGGCAAAUUCAAGCUUCACCACUACUACCAUCACCACCACCAUAGUCUUCAAACUCCAUCUUUUUAGCAACAUCUCACUCUUAAUCUUCUUUCUUUUUGGUGGCUUCCACUUGAUGGCUGUUGUGAAUCUGGGAUAACACGCCUGCCAUGCGGGGAUCACAUUUCCUGCAACAGCAUUUUCUUGUGGUCUCCUACUCUUCCCCUUAACCACUUUUUAACCACUGUUCUGCACUUUUUUGGCUUCCACAAUGGUCUAGCUCCUCAGUAAAUGCAGCAAGGCCUUCUUUUCAUAAACCAGGAGGAGAUUGUCUCUAUAGAUCCUGAAGCUCUGAAAUCUUGGUGUCCCUCUGCUUACAGAGCUCAACCAUUCUUAUAUUUUGGUCAGGUACCACAAAGGCAUGUUGAGUAGCUAUAGGCCCAGUUGUAUUGGCUUUGGUUUCUUCUGUCAAUUCCCCUGAGUUUGUUUCCACUGGGUUUAGAAUCCUAUCCUUCUUAAACCAGCAUCUGAAUAAUAAGAUCAGAGGUGGUGGUUUUUUUUCCUGUUCAUUUAGCAUAGGUUCCAGUACUAACUUAUAGAGGAAUCACAGACUAUAUAAGAAGUACCACAUCAAUAGCACUGUGAGGUUUCUGGUCAACAUGACUGAGCAAAAACUGCCAGAUGCUGAAGCUGCUGAACUUCUUCAAGCUGCAGACACCUCUCGCAUGUAAUUCUACAGUGACCACAUUGGGUGCUUGAGGAAAUAUAUAACAGUCAUUGACAUCUUUCAGGAUUUUUUUUUUUAACUUCCAUACUUUUUUUAACUAUUGCCAUAUUGGCAAUAGAUGUUUGACAUGUCUCAUGGGUCAUAAAGCUCCUACCAUAAGUAAAGGUUACAUACAGGGCUACCUAGCUCCUCAUAUUCACUGACUCAUGUGUCUGUGAUGUGCAAACUAGGGGGCUGGCUUGCUUAUCAGAGACACCAGGGGACAUGAGGAGGGAGGGGCCUUAUAGUCUCUUUGACCACCGCCUCUGAUAUCUGUAUAUCUGUUCUUUUUAGCCUAGGUUCCAGCACUCUUUAUAGAACAACUUUCAGAUUUUUGGUAGAACUGGUUCCUUUAAAGGAGGAUAAGCAACAAUCACUGGGGGGUACACCAAAUAUUGGGCUACACCCCCCUAAUUAUAAUUACCUGAUACCCCCGGCCUGUGCUCCUGUUAGCAGAAAACUCCACCGGCCUGGGUUACUUUCCUUUAAAAUCCUAGGGCAGAUGCAUGUGUAGUAGAGUGAAAAACCCAGCUUUUUAUUAAAGUUCGGCUUUCCACUCUACUGCACAUGCGAGCAAAUGUCUUCUUCCUGUUUUUGUUCAUAUUCAGUAGAGUGGAAAGCCAAACUUUAACAAAAAGCUGGGUUUUUCACUCUACUAUACAUGUUGGCUCUGGAAUUUUUAAAAAAGGAAGAGGAUUGCUUGUGAAUCACUGGAGUGAAAUGCUACCCUCUGUAUAAAGCUAGUUUGGUUCCACACAAAUUUGUUCUUUGGGACUGGCAGAUUGGGCUGAGUUUAGAGCAUGCACUUCAGACCUCAUUCCCAAAGUAGGCAAUUGUGAAGGAACUGAAAAUUAACAUGAUGAGGUUUUGUGCUGAAAUCCUCUGUGGUAUUCAUAUGGAAUGUAUAUAGUUCUGAGUAGUGCUUAUUAGCAUCUCUGUCCGUAAAUGCCCAUUUUGUAUAGCAGCACAUAAAGCAAUGCUAUGAUGCUCCAAAGAAAACUCAACUAAGUGUUUGUUAACAAAUAAUUGUUUUAAUAUUGUGUUCCACCGUUCACGGACAGCAAUAAACUUUUUUUUUUUUUAGAAUA